AUGGAUUCACAAUCAUCAGUGACUGUGAACGGGGUGACUAAGAAUCCUCAUGACGAGAAGCCUGAGAAGUUCAAGGGAAUUGACUUCAAGAGAUGGCAACAGAAGAUGCUGUUUUAUCUCACAACCAUGAAUCUGGCACAUGUUGUCAGAGAGGAGGCUCCCAAAUCAGGAGAAAAUCCAAUGUCUAAGGAAACAAUGAUGACCAUUGAGGCUUGGAAACAAUCUGAUUUCCUGUGCAGAAACUACAUCCUUAACAGGCUUGAUGAUACUCUGUAUGACAUUUAUUCGUCAUACAAUUCUGCAAAGGAAGUUUGGGAAUUACUUGAGAAAAAAUACAAAACAGAAGAUGCUGGUGCCAAAAAAUUCGUGAUUGGCAAAUUUCUCAAGUAUGCCAUGGUUGAUUCGAAGACUGUUAUUAAACAGGUUGAAGAACUUCAAAUUCUGAUCCAUGAUUUGCUUGCAGAGGGGUGCUCUAUUAAUGAACACUUCCAGGUUGGAGCAAUCAUAGAGAAACUGCCUCCAUCAUGGAAAGACUUCAAAAUUUAUUUGAAGCACAAGCGCAGAGAGAUGUCUAUGGAGGAUCUGAUUUUGAGGCUUCGAGUUGAGGAGGAUCACAGGAAAGGUGACAAGGGUGAAGUGCCUGUCAUGGAAGCCAAAGCCAAUGUCGUUGAGACAUCAAAGCCAAAAUUCCAGAAUAACAAGGGCAAGAAAGUUGCAAAGAACUAUGGCAAAACUCAUGCACCAAAAGGCAAGGAUUUCAAGAAAAUCAAAGUGUCUGAAACCAAUCUGGUUUCUGAUACUAAGGACUGGUGGGUUGAUACAGGUGCUACUAGGCACAUUUGUGGUGACAGAAAUCUGUUCACUGAUUACGAACAGAAUUCUAGUGGUGAGAAACUGUACAUGGGAAAUGCCUCUGCAUCUGCAGUUGAAGGCAAAGGCAGUGUGCUGCUGAAGUUCACUUCUGGGAAGGUUUUAACCCUAUUGGAUGUGCUGCAUGUUCCUGAAAUUAGGAAGAACUUAGUGUCUGGCCCAAUUCUUAGUAAGAAGGGUUUCAAACUUGUAUUUGAAUCUGACAAGUUCAUCCUAACCAAAGGAGGGCUGUUUGUAGGAAAGGGUUACCUUGCUGAUGGUUUGUUCAAACUCAAUGUAACUGGCAAUGAUGCUUUUAAUAAUAAUAUAAAUAAGGUUUCCGUUUACUUUGCUGAGUCUUCUAAUAUUUGGCAUGCUAGAUUAGAAUCCAAGUUUUCUAGGCAAACCUUUAAAUCUGUUCAAGGAAGAUCAAAUGAAUUACUUGGAUUAAUUCAUAGUGACCUUUGUGACUUUAAAUCUACACCAACUCGUGGUGGGAAAAAUUAUUAUAUAACAUUUAUAGAUGAUUGCAGUAAGUAUUGUUAUGUAUACUUAAUACAUAGCAAGGAUGAAGCCUUACAGAUGUUUAAGACAUACAAGGCAGAAGUUGAGAAUCAACUUGAUAGAAAAGUGAAAGUACUUAGAUCAGAUAGAGGUGGAGAAUAUGAGUCCACUGCAUUUUCUGAUUUUUGUGCAACUCAUGGAAUUAUACAUCAAACCACUGCACCAUAUACACCGCAACAAAACGGUGUAGCAGAAAGGAAAAAUAGAACUUUCAAGGAUAUGAUAAAUUCCAUGUUGAAUAGCUCUGGGCUUCCACACAAUCUGUGGGGUGAAGCCUUACUUACUGCAAAUCACAUCUUGAACAGAAUUCCACAUAAGAAGAGUAAACAAUCUCCUUAUGAAAUGUGGAAAGGACGGAUUCCUACAUACAAGACACUGAAAGUGUGGGGUUGCCUAGCUAAAGUACAAGUACCCUUACCAAAAAGGGUAAAACUUGGACCUAAAACUAUUGAUUGUGUUUUCAUAGAAUCUGUUGAUGCUGAUUUCUUUGAGGAAAUUUUUCCUUACAAAGAAAAGAGGUCCGGUUCAAACAAAAGGAAAGUACAUGAUGGAAAUCCUGAUGAACCAUCCUCUUCAGGUGUCCAAGAAAAGGAAGUGGAACCUAGAAGAGGAAAGAGGACUAAAACACCAAAAAGUUUUGGACCAGAUUUUGUAAGUUUCCUGACUGAAGAAGAACCACAAACUUAUAAGGAAGCUAUGGCUUCACCUGAGGCUCCUUUAUGGAAGGAAGCUGUUAAUAGCGAAGUAGAAUCCAUUAUGCAGAACCAUACGUGGGAAUUGGUUGAUUUACCACCUGGUAACAAACCAAUUGGAUAUAAAUGGAUUUUUAAAAGAAAGCUAAAAGCCGAUGGUACUAUUGAUAAAUACAAGGCACGUUUAGUUGCUAAAGGGUAUCGGCAAAAGGAAGGGUUGGAUUAUUUCGACACUUAUUCUCCAGUAUCAAGAAUUACAUCUAUAAGGAUGUUAAUUGCUAUAGCUGCAAUACACAAUAUGGACAUACAUCAAAUGGAUGUAAAAACAGCUUUCUUGAAUGGGGAAUUAGAUGAAGAAAUAUACAUGGAACAACCAGAAGGUUUUGUGGUAAAAGGUCAAGAAACUAAAGUCUGUAAACUUGUUAAGUCUUUAUAUGGACUUAAACAAGCACCAAAACAAUGGCAUGAAAAGUUUGAUCAUACAAUGAUGUCACACGGAUUUAAGAUCAAUGAAUGUGACAAGUGUGUCUACAUAAAAAACAACAAGAAUUCUUGUGUUCUUGUAUGUUUAUAUGUUGAUGACAUGCUCAUAAUGGGAACGAGUAAGGAUGCAAUAAAUUCUACAAAGAAGAUGUUGAAUUCAAGUUUUGACAUGAAAGACCUAGGUCAAGCUGAUGUCAUAUUGGGAAUUCAAAUCAAAAGAAAUAAUGAUGGGCCAGACUUAGCUUAUUCAGUAAGCAGGCUUAGUAGAUACACAAGCAAUCCUGGACAUGAUCAUUGGGAAGCACUAAUAAAGGUGCUAAGAUAUUUGAAAUACACCCAAGACUAUGGAUUGCACUACACUAGAUAUCCACCAGUUCUAGAAGGCUAUAGUGAUGCAAAUUGGAUUUCUGAUAGUACAGAAACCAAAUCAACUAGUGGAUAUGUAUUUACAUUAGGUGGAGCUGCAGUAUCCUGGAAAUCCUCUAAACAGACGUGUAUAGCACGCUCUACAAUGGAAUCAGAGUUUGUAGCCUUAGAUAAAGCUGCUGAAGAAGCAGAAUGGCUGAGAAACUUCCUAGAGGACAUUCCAAUGUGGCCUAAGCCUGUGACAGCAAUUUGUAUACAUUGUGAUAGUAUGGCUGCACAAGCAAGAGCCAAGAGUGGUGUAUACAAUGGAAAGUCAAGACAUAUCAGGCGUAGGCAUAAUACAAUUAGACAAUUGCUCUCAAAUGGAAUUAUAUCCAUUGACUAUGUGAAGUCAAAGGAAAAUAUUGCAGAUCCUUUGACAAAAGGCCUACCAAGAGAGCAAAUCAAAUUUACAUCGAGAGGAAUGGGAUUGAAGCCAAUCCAAUGA